AUGAUUCCUCUCCUCGAUCGAGAAAACCCAGUAAACGAUGGUGCGCAGAUCUAUCAGCAGAUCCUGCAAAUCGUGGAAGUGUUUAUGCACCCAGACACCACAUUCAGAGUACGAGUUAAUGCAGUUCUUCGAAUCGUAGCCCUUAAUCGCCAAUUGAUGCGUGUUGAAGGAUGGCAACGGAGAGCAAUGCAAGUUCACCAACUUGUCGUUGAGCCAAUGGUCCGAGUGUUAGGAUUGGCUCAAAACCCACCAGAGGGCCAUGAGAACGCUGGGAACAAUCGCAGAAGAGAUCGCCAUCGUGGGUGA